GAACUUGUGUUUGAGUUAAAAAUAUUUCCUAUUAAACGUCUAAUGUUAUCGUGUCGUAUGAGUGUUGGAUGCUUUGACUUUGAGUCUAUAGUAUUCAUCGAGCUAUUCCUGAAAUUUUUUUUUUGUUAUCUUGACUACAUACUGUAAAGGAUUUCUGUACAGUUUGUAGAAAAAAUGCGUUUGUUUAAUUAGCUAUAUAGUAACACGGUUCACUAGGAAAAUAGUUUCCCUACAUUUCGUAUAUUCAGUAACAUUUUGUUAUCAGAUGUUAGCUCUUGUGAAAGUUGUGAUUUUUGUGGCUGCUGGGUAUCAGUAGUUGGCCAUUAUUUUUAUACCACUACAAUUACUAGCCUAACUAACCUUAAUCUUCUUAAGUGAAUUUAACUAUUAAGGUUUUAAAGUUUAAUGGCUUUAUUAAUGAAACUAAAGUGAAGACGUUAUUUCUCAUUUUUGAUGGUAAAUUAGACUUUAUAACUUGAAGUAAAUUCAUACUUAAUAAUAUUUUAGUUAGUAAUCAUCCCAAUUAAAUUUAAAGCUUUCUCUUUGCUCUAAUUUUAUGGUCCCUAUUAUUGUCAUUACAAUAAAGACACGAAAUGAAACAGGUAUUAUUAAUAAUAAGCGUAAUUUUGUAUUAGUUUGUUUGUAGCUUUCAUUGAAUUUGAAGCAUUAAUGCUUUGAGUCUGAAACAUUUAUUCUUUAUAAGUUGUAUUAAUAUUAUUAGUUUGUUCAACUUAAAAAAAAAAAUGAACAAAUUAUAGUAGCUCAAAGCAUUGAGUUCAUUGGUUUGAAUGUUAUUGUUAGUUGAAAGAAACAAGAACCCGAGAAUGCUAUUCUUGCUCAAAUGGUACAAGGAUAAACUGAAGAAACAAAGGCAGCUUUAAUUAAGACAUUAUCUCAUUCAGUGAAAGUAUUUAUUUUUUUAUGUUUUGGAGUUUAUUAAACAUAAACUUCAGGCUUCUGUUAAAUGCUGAUUACUUUCCAAGUUUAUUCAUUGUCAUAUUUUAGCUGUACAGCUAAGUAUUACAUGUAUGAGAUUAUCUGCAAACCUGACAUUUGCUAAAACAGGAUCAUUGCAGAAAACAGUUUUUAGUUUGUGCUACAGUGUUGUGAUUAUAGUUUCAAAAGUAUUUGAAUUAUACCAAUUCAAAGAGAUUGUUUAUUUUUAUACCACAUUGUAAAAAAAAAAAAACUAUUAGUGUUAACCUGUCUUCAUCCCAUCAUGAAUAGCAAUACAAUGAGGAAGAAUAGAUCAAAUACUACUAGCAAACCUACCAGACACAAAGGACCACAGGAAAAAGGUGUUGCAGUAUAUGUUGAAGGUGUUUAUAGCAAUGCAAGAUUCAUGCAUGGUGCUGCUUCUCUUGUGGGUUGCAUUGUGCAAGUUCAAGUGAAGAAUGGAAAUCUCAUUGAAGGAAUUUUUAAGACAUUUUCUCCAAAGAUGGAGUUGGUGUUAGAAAUGCCACAUAGAGUACACAAAAAUUCUACUAGCAUUGCACCACUUCAAGGUUUAGGUGAAAAUCUUAAUAGCUUUAUAACCAAUUAUAGUGCUCAAGAUUCUACUACAGAGAAACUUAUCUUCAGUCUCGAGGAUGUUGUAAUGGUUAAAGCUGUGAAUGUAGAUCUAGACUAUGCAACUAGAGGUUUUACAGACUCCUCAAUUAGCAAAUUUAAUGGUGAGAUUUUUGAGAGAGAACUAGAGCCAUGGGAGGGACAUUCAGAUGGAUACGAUGAAACCAUCUCUCUGGAUUCAGACAGAAAAGAAGCUAAAAAUGGGUGGGAUCCAAAUGAAAUGUUUCGAAAAAAUGCUGAAAAAUUUGGUGUAACAUCAACGUAUGAUUCCACUCUCCAAGGCUACACUGUGCCUUUAGAACCAAAAAAUACAGAAGAGUAUAAAAAACAAGAAGCAAAAGCAGUGAAGAUAGCUCAGGAGAUAGAAAACUCUCAGCAAUAUCUCUCAAGAAUAGCUGUAGAAAAUGGUGAUGAAGAAGAAAAGUAUAGUGCUGUGAUACGACCAUUAGAGAGUACACAAACUAGUUCCAAUCAAUACAUUCUUCCCCAAAGAAGAAGGAGUGGCCCAGGAAAUAAACAAGUACGAAAUGUAAUUCCACCAUCUUCACUGUAUUCUUCGAAGAUAUCACAGCAUACUGUUUCUCCAGCAUAUUCCCAAUGUCACAAGUCCACAGCUUCCAUGUCAAGUCCCAUAUCUAACUCUGUGACAACAUCAUCUCCAAUUUAUGUAUCUUCUAAACCCCCUCUACCUCCUCAGGCUUCUGUUACUCCAACUCAGCGGCAACCUCUGAAUCCUUGUCAACCACAGAAUACUGCUAAUUAUCAGGAAUCUAAGGAAAAAAGAGUAAAUGGUGUUUCUGUUCCUUUUGAGUGUAAAAUAGAAGAUCCAAAGUUAACUUCAGUAACUGAGAGCAAAGAAAAUAUUUCCUGUGUCAUGCAAGUCACCAGUUGUGAAGUUGUUACACAAGAACCAGUCACAACUGUAGCCAAACCUAAUCAAAGGAUAAAAGGGGGAAACCAGAAGGGAAGGAAUGAACAGCUAGCUGAAUUUAAAAGGUUUAGUUCGGAUUUCAGACUCAUGGAAGAGCCUAAAGAACAAAGAGAACAACAUAAAGACUUUAUGCAGCCAAAAACUGAGUCAGUUGCUGCUCUCCAAGAAUCAAAGAAUAUCAAUAAAGACACAAAUGAGAAAGGAAGUGAAAAACGAAUAGAAAUGGGAAAGAACAUACCAGUAGCUGACAUAGGAACACCCACUGCACCAGAUAGUGCCGCAGAAAAAUUAUAUUUCAAUCCUAAUGAAAGAGAGUUUACGCUUAAUCCAAAUGCAAAGUCUUUCACACCACGAACAUCACUGUCAGCAUCUACAUCCCCAGCUCCGGUUGUAAUGCAACAGCAUAGAAUGCACACGCAAAGCCCUGUAGUGGCACUACCCCAACAACCCAUGGUGUUAGGAAUGGGUCAACCAACUUUUACAACUAUGCAGCCUCAGUAUGUGAUGUCAUCCCCAGGCAACGUGUCACUUGCUCCUCAGUUUCCACAAACAGUAGGAGUUUCCCAGGGUCAGAGAUUUAAGAAACCACAUCAAAUUGCAAUGCAACAGCGUCACGAUAUGAUGCCAUGUGUCCAUGUAGCUGCAGCCACUGGUCAACCGAUCCUAGCGCCUGCUACCAUUCCAACUCCACCACAGCUUGCCAUGUCUUACCCAUCUCAGGCAGUGGUUCAAGCAGGGGGACCACAACCAGGGAUGCCUUAUGCCCAGGUCUAUCCUGUGCUCUCUCGGAUGAUGUCUCCUCAGCCUGUAGGAAUGGUUCCCACUUCUCCUACAGUAUCAUAUGGUGAAUAUGUACAGGUGGCAGGACAUAUAUACAUGUCUCCUCAAAUGGGAGUUCCUGUUAGUGGUGUGCAGAAUUUUAUACACCAGGCAUCAUCUGGACCCCAUUCAGCUCCGUCCACACCUCAGUCACAGACUCCUGGCACAUCUUUUCAUGCCUCUUCAUCAAUACACCAACUACCAACUGCACCCUAUGUAACCUCAGUCCAAACUCCAACUCCUGCUGGUCAACCAGGCCAUGCUCAUACACCACAGCCUGUGGUUUAUAGCCAAAUGAUGCCCCAGCCUUCCAUGCUGCAUCCAGGACCUCAAAGUUUGAAUACUUCUCAAGCACAUCACCUGAAUCAGAACCACUCGCAUCCCCACCACAUUAGUUUCUCAGGUGCUCCCCAAUCUAUGAUCCUUAUGCCUCAUGGCCAUUACUCUGUAGCUUCUGGACACCAUGCAUUCCAGGGUCAUCCAAGUCAUGGGCAUAGUCCAGGAAAUUAUACUGGGACACCUACAAAUGUAAUCCCUCACAUGCCAAUGACUAUUAUUCCAACUAGUUGUGCCAUGGGCCCAAACCCUAUGGUUAAUGCUCCUUUCAUAGCCCAUCCGCAAGGAACCAGCCAAGGCCAACCUAAUCCGGUGCAACCCUAUCCACAAAGCCAUUAGUAGUCAAAAGCAGAUAGGAAAAAAAUGAGGAUGGUAGGCAGAAGUGAGGGCAAAAGUGAUGUUGCCGCAAAUUGAGGUGAUGGAGAAGAAGACAAGUCGACUCAGACAAACUAUCUCAACAAACAGGCCUUGUUAGGACCUGGCAGGGAUCUACAGAUCCAAUGCCUGAGAAAUUUUGUUUAGAACAUCUGUAUAGUUCUUGUUAUGAUUUUUAUUGAUUCCUUUUUCACAUUUUUACCCAUGUAGAGGGGUUUUUGGAGAUUUUACAAUUACUAAAGGCUUACUUGUUUGUUUGUAUUUUUCUAAUGAAUUUUUAACAGUAUGCAUUGCUCCUUUUAGCUUUAGAAAAUACUAAUGUUUUAUAUGUUUUGCUGAAUGUGUUUUUAGAUCUUAAAUGUUUAUAACUAAUAAUAUAUUAUGAAAGACCAAGUGUUAGGGCUAACUUAGAAAUAAUAAGUUUGGGAAAUUUAUUUACUAGGCCUGACAUUGAUUGCAAAUUGAAGUUUUAUAUGAACAUUUCUUUUUGAACUUGUAUUCAUUCCUGAUUAGGGAAAGCUACGUAAUCAUAAUAAAACUAAUAAAUAUUUAAUUGUUGUUAUUUAAUAAUAAAUGCAGGAGAAAUACAGUAACGUUGUGACUGUUAUUAAGAAAUUAGUUUUAUCUAUUCAUCUUGAUAUAAAAUUCAAGUAUGCUAAAUGAUUAC